AACAGAAUGUUUGUUUUUCCUAACUUGAGUCACUGAUGCAUCUCAGGCAAAGUACGCGCAUAACGCGAACACUGUAUCAUUUGAGUGCGCAUACAUCGUAAAAUAUUCGGCGAUAACAUAAGUUUUUCAAAGCGGGUUAUUAAGAGUGUGUGCCUAUACGUCUUAAAUGUAUCGAUUCAGUGUGGUUAUUUGCCUCAGGUUUUGAAACGUGAAGGAUAAAAUUAAAGGUGUUUCGCCCAUAAAUCGUUUAACCUCUCGGAUUUGAUAAUAAUGACUUCCAUGAGAGAAGAAUCUAAGGGUGGAAGAUUCAACAAGAAGAGGAAACAGCAAAGAAUAAAACGAUACAGAUCCGACGGCUUUGUUGUGGGGAGGGAAUUUUCAGACGAUGAACUUGAUGCACCGGAAGGGUCUUCGGAUGCCAUCCACUUUCUGGACUGGCUCCGGAACCCUUCCCUCCAGAAUCUGGUCAAACUCAGAAAAAGUAUCAAACACAAUGACAGUGAUUGGAUGACGGAAUUCCUGGAGUUUGACGGACUGGGAUUACUGUUUCAAUGUCUGAAGAAUCUCAGCUCCAGAGAGACAGUGCAUUUGUCUGAGAUGGUUCUGAGAUUAGAGUGCAUUAUGUGUAUCAGGGAGGUGGCCAACUCACAAACCGGACUGGACUGUCUACUGAAGACCAAAGGUCGCAAGGACAAUAUCUUCGGAAGAAGGUUUGCCACAGCUUUAGAGAACAAAAACCUAAUGGUGAAGAUGCAGAUUUUUGAAUUGUUGUCAGCCCUUUGUGUCUAUUCUAAAGAAGGGUUUUAUCUGACCCUAGACGCACUGGAAACUUAUCGCACAUGGCGGAAGCUUCCAUACCGUUUUAGUAUUUUGGUCAAUGAGCUUCGAACAGCAAACUUGGUGACGUACCGCACAACUAUCAUGGCGCUUAUCAAUGCCAUAGUGGUUGCCAAUGAAAACCUACAAGAAAGAGUCCGAAUACGGAAUGAUUUUGUAUAUAUCAAUAUUUUGGACACCAUUGUGGUAUUACGAGAUGAGAAUGAUGCAGACUUGAAUCUUCAAUGUGACAUUUUUGAGGAGGAGUUAAGUGCCGACUUGGAGGCAAUGGAAGAGUUAAAACAAGCGGCUAAUGUCGACAUUGGUGAUCCACAAGCUCUAUUCAAAGCAAUAAAUUCACGUGUAGAAAACUCACCGUUGUGUUCAUCAUUCCUCAGUGUUUUAUACAAUUUAUUUCAAAUAGACACUAGUCAACCUCGUAGUGAACAGAUCUGGUGUUCAACAGAAAAACUCGUACAGCAAGUUCUUCAAGCAGACGACAAUAGAGGGACAAAGUCUCCCGUAAGAAGAGGGUCUUCUGUACAUUUAAUCUCUACAAUACACAUAGAAAGCAAGGAACAUAAAGGGACUCAAACAGAAUGGGACACAACAACAGCUCCAAAUCUCUCUAGAGGAGGUCUACUACGCGGAAAAAGUCUAUCAACGGAAGCAAAACAUACAAUUUCUGACAGGCUGAAGCAAGCUACAGCACAAUACAGGACAGUGCAGACAUCAUCCAUAGACUCCAUAGAAUCUGGUGCAAUUAUCACGGCACCACCGCCACCUCCACCCCCACCUCCAGCCCCUGGGGCACCUGCCCCUCCUCCGGCACCACCGCCUCCACCUGGAGUGGGUGUACCGCCACCACCUCCCCCACCACCUGGUGUGGGCGCACCUCCACCACCACCACCUCCCCCUGGUGGUAUCCCACCUCCUCCUGCACCACCUGGUAUUGGAGGAGCACCUCCACCACCACCUCCUCCUGGUGGCAUACCUUUACCACCUGGUGCUCCUCCAACAUUAGGUGGUGCCAUAAAAGUUGCUGAGCCUCUUCCACCACCUAUAAGUACACCGGAGCCACAUUGUAAACUCAAACACAUUAUGUGGAAUAAAAUACCAAACGCUGCAUUCAAAAAGGAAAGUAUUUGGGGUGACGUGCUGAAAAUGAAAGACAAAAUAAAAGUUGAUUAUGAGGAACUGGAAAGAUUGUUCGCCAACAAAGAAGUAGCACCUAUGAGAUCAGAGUUGCAAGUGGAUCAGAAAAAGUCACUUGUAAAGCGACUGUCUUCUUCAAAUGAAGUUUCGCUUUUGGAUCCAAAGAAAAGUAUGAAUGUCAACAUCUUCCUAAAACAAUUCAGGAAAUCUAUAGAAGUUAUCAUUGAAUUACUUAAAUCUGGAGAUCCAAGAGCUUUUGGAGUCGAAAAGUUGAAACAACUUGCGAAAGUUCUUCCCCAGACGGAUGAGAUUGAGUUGGUUCAACACUACGACGGAGACUUAGAAAAACUGGGAGAAGCUGAGAAAUUUUACUAUUACCUGAUACAAAUUUCAAAUUUUAAUUUUCGAAUUGAGGCCAUGAUUCUUAAGGGCGACUUCAAUGCACAGCUAGGAGCCAUAAGGCCUAACUUUCAGGUUCUUCAUACAAUAAGCCGACGACUGUUUGAUAACCAUGCACUUAAGACCUUCCUCAGAUACGUUUUACACACUGGGAAUUUUUUAAACAAGGGAAGUGGUUCUGGUAAUGCACUUGCUAUUCGAGUAAGUUCUCUUGAGAAGCUAAUCAACACCAAAUCCAGUUCCUCCAAGAGAACUCUCCUUCACUAUCUGGUGGAAACUGCAGAGGAAAAGGACCCAGAAGCUCUCAGCUUUGUCGAUACCUUACUGGAACCUCUGCAAAAAGCGGCAAGGUUUACAAUGGAGGGAAUCACAGCUGAAUUUAACCAGCUGAAGAAACUGGUCCAUAGACUUAAAAGAGAAUGUGAACAUGUAGAAGACGAUGUAAAGGCACAAUUUAGCGAAUUUUUAGAGGAAGCCGAUGCGGAUCUAGAGGAGACUGAAGACGUCAUAGAGAGGAUACGUAAGCAGUCCUGUCGUCUGGCACAGCACUUCUGUGAGAAUGAGAAAACCUUCAACUUGGAUGAAUUUCUAAGCACCUUCAGACAAUUUUGUGAAAAAAUCAAAGCAUGCCAGCAGGAAUUGGAAUCUCAACGUCAACAAGAAGAGUCGGCGGAAAGACGGAGACGAGCGCAAGAGGGAACGUCCGAUAGACGCAAAGUCUCCUUUAAUGCCUCUGCUAAAGCAGAAGACAGGAAGAUUGUGGAUAACAUUGUGGAUGAGAUACGCCGUGGUAAGGUGUUACGGAGACUGUCUCUCAGGAAGAAGACGUCUAAUAACGUCACAGGAAGGGUGGGUGGACUGUGAGCUGUGGUAUCAAAAAAUAGACGGAAUGUGAUGCGACAGAAGGAGAAGAAAAUGGGGAGUACAUGAAGACAUUAUCAAUUUCUGGACCAGAGAGAGGGAAAGAAUAAAAGAGAAAGAGGGACUACAUUUUCGCGCUUGUGUUUUUCCGUGUAUAUAUUUCUGUUUCGAUUUCCAUUUAAUUUGGAAAUUUAAUGCUGAAUAAAAAAUAAAUAAAAUCUUACACUUUAUUGAUUAUAAAUCUUUUGACAAGUAUUUUAUCGCUUAAAAUAAACAUACUUUCCAGAUAAGAUAAAAAAGAAUCAAAAUGCUUGAUAAAGACAAGAUGUGUUUGUGAAUCUCCGAAACCCUGGGUUGCAACUCAGAGUUAAGUCAAACUUCAAGGCCAAGAGAUUAAAAAUUAUGGUACCUUGAAAAGGUAUUUUCAAUAUACAAUGUAAAUAUGAAUACUCAGUACUAACUGUUAAAAAGUUAUGACCAAGGUAAAAGUUUUUUUCUCCUAAAGUACAUAUAGGCCAACCUCCAGAGUCAAACGGUCAAAAUAAAAUGAACCUAAAAUGGAUUUGCUACAAGAAAUAUACAUGUGAAUUAUGAAAGCCAUUUAAAAGUAAUACCAAAUAUGUGUUUUUUUAAAAGAAGGUCAAAUUCCAAGGAAAGCAAAGUAUACACUAAGACAUUGAGACUUCUGACACCAAUCAAUUAAUUCAUUCAAAAUAUAGGUAAACUUUAUCAAUAAUAGGUCACACUCCGAGGUCAAGAGGUUAUAUAGAAGGGACUUUUAACAAGGAACUUGUGGAACAUCAUACCCUUAGCUCCAAGGAAUCAAAAUUUAUGAGGAAGGUUAAAGUUUUGCAGAUAAACAGACAGAAAAACGAACGAAUAUAGCAAAACCAUAUCUCCCCGAAUACAGUAAUUGAUUACUGGAGCAUAAAAAGCAAGUUUUUCUACUACGUAAUAGACUUAAAGCUUAUUGGAGACUUGAUGAAAGGUACCUGCUAGCAUGUUAUUUUAUUAAACAGAAUAUUAAAGCUACCCGUACUUGGAAACUAUUUAAUUCACAAUUACCUUUCUUAUGUGUUAUGUUAAUUAAUGAGUAUUAAGAGGUGAAAGAUAUUUGGAGACAAUUUAAGCUCAUACCUGACAUAUUUGUUGUAGUUGCUGUUGUUGAGAAUUAUGCAUUCUCAAUAUCCUAGAAAAUAAAUGAAAAACUGAGGUAUAUUUGUUGUUUAAUUAAAGAGUCAUGGCCUGAGAUCAUUAAAAAUGAAAAGCUGAAGUCAAAAUCUUUAUCUUUUACCGAAAUGUUGUAGAAGUCAAAUGAUCCAAAAUGAAUAAUAAUAUGUUAUAUAUCUAAUUUUACACCAAC